AUGGAAAUUAAUCCAUUGAUUACUUUUAACGAUUUGGGAGUUGGACUAGCUUCAAACCAAAACAGCUACUUCUGCUUAGAUGCUGGUCGUCCUGCAGUUAAAUUUGGUGAAAAUAAUAAUGUUUGGUUUUCAACAUUUAAUGUAACUCCUGCAACGACUAAAAAUUUUCCUGUUUCACCUGAUAUACUCAAUAAUGUGAAUCAAUCGUGCAAUCUGGAAAGACGUAAAUUAGAUAUUAUAACAACAGAUCCAUGUUCGAUUGGCUCCUCUCAUCAAAAUUUGUCUCUGUCUAAUACUGCCAGUAAUUUAGAAGCUCCAAUUAUGACUGAUACUUUAGACCAAGAAAAAUCUAUAUUCAAUAAUAAAGAUCUGUCGUCGUGCGGUAUGAAAAGACAGGAUCCAGCUAUAAAUACAGAUCCAUGUUCGAUCGGCUCCUCACAUCAAAAUGUGUCUCGUUCUAGUACUUCCAGUAAUUUAGAAGCUCCAACUACGACUGAUACUUUGCACCAAGAAGAACCCUUGCUCACUAAUGAAGAUCCAUCGUGCAGUUCCGAAAGGCGAGAACCACAGGUUCCAACUGAUCUAUGUUCCUCCGCGCAAGAUAAGUCAACGAAAAGAGUAUAUCCAAAAAAAAGUUGUCCUGGUAGAAAAAGGCAAAGAGAUCCAAAAAAUUGGAAAAUGAAUAAGUUAAAAACACUUCGAAAUUUGGGAUUAGAAUAUACUAACAAAAAGGAAAAUUAG